AGACAGUUUUCACAGAUGAUGUUAGAAAAGGGUCUUCCUUGCAGUGGAAUGCUUAGAAAAUUAGUUCAUCUUCAUAACCCCCAAAAUAAGUCUUUAAACAUCUUGUGACCACGGCAUGAGUUUUGCAGUUAUAGAAAGCGCAAUUGAUCUACAAAACAAAUAAUCUGAUAAUUUGAGUCUCACGCCUUUCAUUAAGUGAAAUUCAACUUGCAAGAAAAACUAUUUUACUAGUCAUCUGUCAUAUUCUCAGUAGGAGAUAAGAUGAGCUAUUUCAAGCAAGUGGGUGAAAAUGGCAUGGAUGUAUAUCCUUGCAAAGUAUUUCUGAAGGUUUGUUUCCUUUUUCUGAGUAAAAUUUACAUCUGUGCAGAUGUGGACUGCACUGGGAAGGCUGAAGUAGCACUGGGCAUUUUGCAGAGACCAGACUCUGCAAAAAACCACUUACUUUUUCCUAAUACCAGUCUCAUCUUCAUUUACACUGAACACACUAAAUCAUAGCAAUCAAUUUCUGUUUUCUCUGGAAAAAUCAAUUGAAUUUGAUGCCUUUCAAAAUCCUUUUCAAUAUUGCAUAUUCAUAGGAUACUUGACAGAAAGACAGGACUUAGUCUCAGGCCUGAUCUAUACAAAAGUAAUGGUGGUAUUGUAAGUUAUUUAAAUUUAUACAAAAGCUUAGUGGGGUUUACGUUAAUUUAAGCUUUUACAUGAAUUUAAACGCAGCCUUUUUAACUUAACUUGAUAAGCAUAAUAAGGAUAUAAAAAUUAUGUAGCCAAUUUUAAACAGAAACAGAUGAGUGAGUCCAAACCAUGCUUGUGUUUGCAUUUUUGUGUAGUGUAGUUGCUUUUCUAUAAGGCUUUUGGCUGAGUAUUGCUUUCAUAUUUAAUUUAAAAAACCUGGCACUUAGUGACAUUCAAAGGUGCUCAUUAGGUAGAUUUAAAACUGUCUCAUCGACAGACCUCAAAAUGCCGUCAUUAAGAGAGGGAUGGAAGUGUGGAGGACCAUUUCUGGAAGAUUUCUUUGGGGAAUUGAUUCUUAUUUUUCUCAGCAGUCAUCAUGAUAUAAAAUCUUGUAUGGUGAAGUUUGCAGUUAGUGCAAAGGUUCUUGGGUUGGUAAAUAAUAAACAGACCAUCUUUUCAUUGCAGGGUAAUCUGAAUCACCUAGUUAAAUGUUUCAGUCCACCAAAAUGUUUUUUAAUAUAGUAAAAUGCAAGCUAGUACACUGGGGAGCAAAAGAGUACAAGCUAUGCCAAUAGGAUGGAUGACUGUCUUGUAAAAAACUGUAUGAAUUUGGAAAGGACGUAGGGGCCAAAUAAUUGCUUCAACAUGAACUACCAGUGCAGACUGUGCAUAAAAGGCUGAUAUAAUCUCUCAAAGUCUCCAAAAAGGAGAAUUAGGAAAGGGCCGUUGUCUGUCUUUGUGGCACUGGACAACACAGUAUUCAGUUCUGAUAUCUGUUCUUCUAAGGCUGGUGGGGUGAAAAUGGGGAGAAGAAAUAGUGAGGCGAAAAAAUACAAAACUCAUCUGAGGGCUGAAAAAAUUAUUAUAGUGGGAGAGGUGAGGAGCUGAGCUUACUCAGUGUACUAUGCUUAUGGGGAAACAUAAAACAAUAACAUUUGGAAUAAUGUGGGGAUAGCGAGGAUGUGAAGGUGCAGUCAGACUUUGCUGACCUUCUGGAUUAUAAUGAAGAGGAAACUUAAGAGAUUUUUAAAGCCACUGAGUGACUCACAACUCACUACAUUCUGUGAUUAGAGAGAGACACAUUGAAAGUUGUUCAAACUUCUUAAUUGCUUAUUUGAGGAAGCCUUUUUGAAAUUCUCGCUUGCAUUGGUGACCAGCAGAGAAUGUUAUUUCUGGAAGGCUGAUCUGUGUUUCGUCACUGUGAGACCAGGAAAUCCUUAGUUAAGUUCUGUUCCACAGAUCUCAGUUUGCAAAACACUGCACAAGUUCAGUGUAAGAAGAAUCUGAUUCGGAGAUUGUUUGUCAGAUACUAGGUUAAUAAUAAAAGAUUUAUGGAUUCAACUGGAAUAGCAGACAAGUCCUAAAGAGCAGCCAGGUUCAAAAAUGACUCAUCUCCUAUGUCUGGGAAAUGUGAGACUCCUUUUUCCACAACUACUUUUUCUCAUUAGUGCGAUUAAUAAUGAUGCGGUGGCAACACAAGAAAACAAGCUGCAUGUUCACAUUUUUGACUGAAGUUUUUCUGGGCAUGUGUUGUUCCAGAUGCAAGAGAUCCAUGCACAUGGACCAUCUGAGUGUGAACUUGAAGGACUACAGUCAAACUGUCCACAGGGGUGAGCGUUCACCCACAUGGACCCAAUUACAGGACUGAGUCCUGUAUUCUCUUACUGUAGCAGAGGAAGAGUUAGGUUGUGGUCUUCUCAACAGGAGAGAAAUUAUUUUAAAUGUGAUUAUAUUUAUGCUCCAGAGAAACCCCCCCUAAAUUCCUUCUGUUUGUAAUUUUCUUCCUAAAAUUCCUUCGAGUUCCAGAUGGUAAGAACAACUAAACUAUUUCUGUUAAUGAAAAUUACAUUUCCUACUUUAAAAGGAAAAUAAAUUUGUAUUACAUUCAGAGGGGUAGAUUUGCAAAAGCAAGAACAUUGAUCUGCGUGCUCUGAAGUGUGCAGACAGCCCAGUGAGUCUGCUUGGCCGUCCAGAUGUGGAUGUGGAUGCAGAUGUGUGUUUCAUACAUAUACAUCACCCCGGACUCCAGGUCAGGGCUUUCAGGCUAGAGUUGGCUUACCUAGCUGGCAUGGAAUGUUCCUAUUUGGGCUGUGAGAACAUCAGAGUACAAAUUUUUAGGCCUGUCUGAACUCAUCUAGCUGUUUUAGUGAAUUUAUCACCAUUCCUGGAUUUUGGACUUAAUCCUCCACCCAUUCCCCAAUGUGUUGUUUAAGGUUUGACUCUGAAUGUUGCCUGGCAUCAGAAUAUAUUCCUCUGGUGCACAACUCAGAGACUGCUCUAAAAAGAUACAUCGCUUGAAUCUUACAAUCGUGUUUCUUGUGUAUGUAACAGCAUAUAGUCACAGAUGAAGUGGGGGUCAGGCAGCCAUUGCAAGUACUCUACAUGCAGGGGGAGCUGCCAACUUGUUUAAAUGAAGGUUCAAAUGCCAGAAAGCAAUGAAGAAUGCUGACACUGUCAAGCCGCCUCCCAGAUGUUUGGCUUUCUACACCACUGCAGGCUAUUCCCCUUUCACCAGGGACCUCUGAUCAUCCCCUCUACUGAUUCGCCCAAAGCAGUCCCUGCAGCUGCGCUUCUGAAUGCCCGCAGGAAUAUAUUGACUGCCUGCACUUUUGGAAAUUAUGUGCCUUGACUACAGCAGCGGAGCCCUGACUGGUGACCUCUGUGAAGACCUAUGUGUGGCACAGAAGCUGGUGUACAAACAUUGUCUUUACUAUGACAGAGGUAAGAAGGUCAUCCAGGCUGACUGGAGAGGCCAGCCCAUCAUCCUGAAAUCCAAAAAGGAAAUCUUCUCCAGCUACCAGCAUCUCAGUAUGCUAGAGGAGGUGGAAACACAGGAUAUUCCUGAAACAGAGCUUCUGCUGAUGGUCGCACUGGAGGUCAAAAAUGUCCUGGGGCUAGAACUGUCUAACAGUACCGUGGGUCCCUUGUGGACAAGGAAGAAGGGACCACAUUGGAAAGCACAGGUGGCUAGCAUGUGGUCCCUGCUCCAGCAGGAAGAAUAUAUCUACUUCAGUUUGCUGCAAGACUUCAGCAAACACGUGCUGCGAAUUAUUGGCUCUUGUGGACACUUUUAUGCUGUGGAGUAUCUCACAGCUGGACAUGCCUGGCACAAAACUCUUUUUCCCUUGGAAAAUGUGGUUGGUCCCUCCCUUGCUGGCCGCAGAAGCAGGGUGAGAGCCAUCAUUGACAUUGCACUCAGCUUUCUGGACAUGGUGCAGCAUUUUGAUAAUGAUUUCUCUCACCGACUUCACCUGUGUGACAUUAAACCAGAAAACUUCGCUAUCAGGCACGAUCUCACGGUGGUGGCCAUUGAUGUGGAUAUGGCCUUUUUUGAACCCAAAAUGAGGGACAUUCUCGAGCAGAACUGCACAGGAGAUGAAGACUGUAAUUUUUUUGAUUGCUUUUCAAAAUGCAAUCUGAAAAUCAGAAAAUGUGGAGCACAGAGAGCCAAUAACAACUUGCAAGUAAUCUGUGACAAAAUUUUCCGUCGCUGGUUUUCCCCAGAUCUCCGAGGACCGCUGGCCUCCCUCCCCCUGCGGCCGCAGCUGCAGAAGGCUGUGCAGGAGUGUGCCCAGCCGGGGCACCCGGAUGCUGCCGGGCACCAGAGGACUCUGACAUCUCUCUCCCAGUUGUACCACCUGCUUCGGGUCACUCAGCGAGAACUGCAAAGGGUGGAGUAGAUACAAAAGGCAGAACCGCAAAGGCCACAACCCAGGCGCUGCUAAGGGACACUGUGUGCCAGACAGCCUGUGUUUUCUUUCCUUCAUCUCUCCUACCCCUCAUAUUACAUUUACAGCGUAGGGAUUGUUUUUCUCCUAUGCAAAUGAAAUUCAUGGCUGCAGGUGCAGCACGUCCUGUUAAUAUCCUUUGAAGUGUGAAAUUGUUUUACAUUACUUGGAUUCUGUUCUUGCUUAUUUUCCCUAGCUAGCGCUAGCCCUCUCCAUCAGCAUUCAGCACAUGGUUUUCUUACCAAGAGCUGUAGCCACUGCUCGGAUAGCAUUUGUCCGAGUGCUGUGCUCAGAGUGAGGAUUCAUUUACGUACAGAUGGUGCUUUGAAGAAGAAAAGUUGAAGUCAGCAAAAUUAAUAUCAAUAAUUAAAAUAAUCAGUGGGUGGAUGUGGAUAUGGGCACGAUGUUUGUUUUAAUUUCUCUGUAGAAUGAGUUUUUUCUUUUUUAAGUCAAGACAGAGUAUUUUGUGCGAAAAAAACAACCUCAAAUAGGGAAAUGUAUUGUCACAUGAGUGAAGAGCUGCUUUUGUACAAAGCAGUCCUGCCUGAUGUCCCCAAAUGCAUUUUCUCUGGUGCAUUGCAUUAUUGUGCUGUAGCUAACUUUCUGGGAGAAAUUAUGCGAAGGUACUUAGGACUUUUCUAGAGCAAAAUAAUUAUACCCUUGUUGAGUUCCCAUGUGGGUACUCACAUUCUGCAGUGGAGAGGUAUGAAUAAUGCCACUGAAUUUCCCCAUGUGAACAAGCCCUCAGGCACUUGAACAUCAGAGCACUUGAUAAGAAGCACGCCUUUGCCAGAGAGCGGAGUUACCCAGGAAUGCCAACAAUCUGUCCUUUACACUGAACAGAACAAUAUCCAGACUAGGAGUUUUCUUACACAGUAUUUUUUAAAGAACAAAAGGGAAUUUUUCAUGGAAAUAAUCUUGCAAUCAGUUACAUAAAUAAAGAUUGCUAGAUUAAUUUAAAAAUCA